UCCCGCUGUCCCUUCCCUGAUGUCACCCUGUCCCCUCCCCGUGUCCCCUCCCCGUUCCUGUCCCGUUAAAGGCGCUCCCGCUCCGCUCUGUCGCCGAUGUCGCCGCGAUGUCGCCGCUCGCCGACCCCGAGAACCCCGCGGCGGCCCCGCGGCCCUGCCGGUGCCUCUGCCCGGACCGGGACCGGGACCCGAACCGGGACCGGGACCGGGACAAGAACCGGGACCAGAACGGGCACCAGAACCAGAACUGGGACCGGGACCGGCACCAGGACCGGGACGUGAACCCGGACCAGAGCGGGUACCGGAACUGGGACCAGACCCGGGACAUGAACCGGGACCCCCACCAGAACUGGGACCAGAAUCGGGACCGGAACUGGGACCAGAACCCGCACCAGAACCAGAACUGGGACCGCAGCCGGGACCGGAACUGGGACCAGCACCGGGACAUGAACUGGGACAUGAACCGGCACCAGAACUGGGACCAGAACCAGGAAAAGAACCGGGACCAGAACUGGAACCGGGACCAGAGCCGGGACUUGGAGCAGAGCCGGGACUUGGAGCAGAGCCGGGACUCGGACCGGUGCCGGUGCCGGUGCCGGUGCCGGUGCCGGAGGCGCCGCCUGCUCGCGGCGCUCGCCGCCCUGGCCGCGCUGGCCGCGCUCGGAGCCGCCGCCGCGGCCGCGCUGGGCGCGCUCCGGGGGCAGCCCCCGGUGAAGGCCGCCACCGCCGCCCACGUCCUGCUCAGUGCCAGCUCGCCGUCCCCGUCGCUGUCCCUGCGCUACGAGCCCGGCGUCCAGGGCGUUUUCCUGAGCGGUGACAUCCAGCUGGACACCCCGAGGACGCUGCGGGUGACAUCCGCUGGCCUCUACCUCCUCUACGGCCAGCUGGGUGUCACCUGCACGGCGGCCACCUGUCCCCAAGGCGCUGUCACCCUGCAGCUGCGCCGCGCCGCGUCCCCGAGGCCGCUGCUGGCAGUGCCACUGUCCCUGCCCGCUGCCACCGGCGGCCACCGGCAGCGCUCGGCGCUGGCCCAGGCCGUGGCACAGCUGUGGCCUGGGGACACGCUGAGCCUCCAGCUGGUUGGGGACACCGUUGGGGACACGGCUGGGGACACGGCUGGGGACACGGGCGGGUGGCAGCUGGAGCAGGAGGAGCGCGAGGGAAACUUCGUGGGGCUGCUGCGGAUCGCGGCGGCGUGACCGGUGGUGGCACCGGGUGGUGGCACCGGGUGGUGGCACCGGGUGGUGGCACCGGGGUGAGGAGGGGCUGGCCGGCCUGGUCACCUGCCGGGGUGGGGCUUGGGGACAUCAGGGUGUCCCGAGUGUGGAGGUUUGGGGACGUUGUCGAGGGACAUCGGUGACGUCCAGACCUGGAGGUUUGAGGAGAAGGGACACCGGUGACGUCCAAAACCAGAGAUUUGGGGACAAGGGACAUCGGUGACGUCCAAAACCAGAGAUUUGGGGACAAGGGACAUCGGUGACGUCCAGACCUGGAGGUUUGAGGAGAAGGGACACUGGUGACCUCCAAACCCAGAGAUUUGGGGACAAGGGACAUCGGUGACGUCCAGACCUGGAGGUUUGGGGACAAGAGACACUGGUGACAUCCGUGGUUGGAGAUUUGGGGACAAGACCACAACACCGAGAGAUUUGGGGACAAGGGACAUCGGUGACAUCCAAACCCAGAGAUCUGGGGACAAGGGACAUCAGCGACAUCUGUGGUUGGAGAUGUGGGGACAAGGGACAUUGGUGACCUCCAAACCCAGAGAUUUGGGGACAUCAAGGGACAUCGGUGACAUCCAAACCCAGAGAUCUGGGGACAAGGAACAUCGGUGACAUCCAAACCCAGAGAUCUGGGGACAAGGGACAUCAGUGACAUCCGUGGUUGGAGAUCUGGGGACAAGGGACAUUGGUGACCUCCAAACCCAGAGAUUUGGGGACAAGGAACUUUGGUGGCAGCCAAACCCAGAGAUUUGGGGACAAGGGACAUCGAUGACGUCCAAACCCAGAGAUUUGGGGACAAGGGACAUUGGUGACCUUCAAACUCAGAGAUUUGGGGACAAGACCCCCAUGCUUGGAGAUCUGGGGACAUCAAGGGACAUCAGUGACCUCCAUGGUUGGAGAUCUGGGGACAAGGGACAUUGAUGACCUCCAAACCCAGAGAUUUGGGGACAAGGGACAUUGGUGACAUCCGUGAUUGGAGAUAUGAGUGACAAGGCCCCUGUGCCCAGAGGUUUGGGGACAUCAAGUGACAUCGGUGACAUCCAGACCUGGAGAUCUGGGGACAAGGGACAUCAGUGACAUCCGUGGUUGGAGAUCUGGGAACAAGGCCACCAUGCCUGGAGAUCUGGGGACAAGGGACAUCGGUGACGUCCAAACCUGAAGGUUUGAGGAGAAGGGACAUCGAUGACCUCCAAACCCAGAGAUUUGGGGACAAGGCCACCACGCCCAGAGGUUUGGGGACAUCAAGGGACAUCGGUGACGUCCAUGGUUGGAGAUUUGGGGACAAAGCCACCACACCCAGAGAUCUUGGGACAAGGGACAUCGGUGACAUCCAAGGCUGGAGAUUUGAGUGACAAGAGCCCUGUGUCCAGAGUUUGGGGACAUCAAGGGACAUCGGUGACGUUCAUGGCCGAAGAUGUGGGUGACAAAACCUCGUCCCCGAAGAUUGAGGACAUCAGGUGACAUCGGUGACCUCCACACAUGGAGAUCUGGGGACACCGAGUGACAUCACUGACUCCCCACAAUUUGGUGCUUGGGGACAUUUGGGGACCUUGUGGACCCAGUGCUGGACACUUGGGGACACUUGGGGACAUUCGGGGACCCAGUGCUGGACACUUGGGGACAUUUGGGGACAUGGUGCUGGACACUUGGGACCUCCUUGGGGACAUUGGGGACACUUUGGGGGGAGGGUCCCUGCUGUCUUUAAUUAAUUAUUGUCCUUAAUUAAUUAUUUAUUCACUAUUGUCCUUAUUUAUUUAUUAAUGGAUGAAUAAAUUUAUUUAUGGAUUCUUUUUA